CGCCAAAUCAGAUUUUUUCUGUGCGUUCUUCAUGGGCCGAAAAGAAAAAGUUUCAAUCAAUUUCUCUAGAAGAUCUUUUCACAUACGUUAAAAAUGUGUAAAAUUAUAUACUUCUUUUAUUAAUAUACUGCACGUUGAUUAAAAUUCAUAAAAAUUAAGAAGGAAAAAAAUCCUAUAUUGUUCGGACGACAGACCAUCAGAGGGGUUUACAAAUUGUCAUUGUAUUUUAGAACAAGAGCGUAGUGUGUAGUGUAAGAGUGUACAAAGAAUAGUUGUGUAGAAGCAAGAAAAAAAGUCAAUUAGAAAUUACUAAAGUAAAAUUACACCACCACCACUAUUGAAAAGGAAAUUCUUAGCUUAAAUACUCUUCUUAAUUAAAAAUAUGCCUUCAAAAAAGAAAAAGUAUAAUGCACGUUUUCCAGCGGGUCGCAUCAAGAAGAUUAUGCAAAGUGAUGAAGAAGUGGGUAAAGUGGCUCAAGCAGUGCCAGUUAUAAUUUCUAGAACAUUGGAAUUAUUUGUGGAAUCGCUGUUAACAAAAACUUUAAAAAUUACCAAUUCUCGAAAUGCCAAAACCUUAUCAACGUCUCAUAUGAAACAAUGCAUAAUGUCGGAGCAGCGAUUCGAUUUUUUACGCGAAUUGGUUAAGAACAUACCGGAUAUAAGUGUGGCUGAAGAAGCGGCCCAAUAUCAAGACGAUGACAAUCAAAGUUCUAAUGAAGAACCCUGUAACGAUUCGGAUACACCAUACGAUUUAAGUAUGCCAUCAACUUCCACCCAAAGACACCAUCACAAUUCCUUUAACGGUGGCGGAGGAGAAGGCGAUAAUGGAGAUGAUGCCGUCAGUCCAAAUGGGUUCACCACACAGCCCAAACAAGCAGACAUCGAGCACAGCAGCCGUUAUCAGCAUGUGAAACGUGAAACACCAGAGUCGAGCAGUCAUCGGUUAAAAUUGAGACGUUUAUUACCGAAAUCUUCAAAUUCCUCUUCUUAUUUGCCCACAAUUUUGCCCACAGCAAAUACUAAUAAUGUCAAUAGUGCAUCUGUAAGGCAUUUAAAUGUUUUGACAAAUUUAAGCGGCACCAAACUGUUGCGUUCGGAAUCCUCUCCCUUACCGGAACCUUAUACAACGCAACUAAAAACGCAACGUCUCAAACAUCAGUCACAUUCGCUUUCAUCGAAUAGCAACAAUCGUCAAAAUACUCUUACAAAUGCAACCACGACGACAACAGCAACAAUACCGCCAUCAUCAUCAUCAUCAUCAUUAUCAUCAUCGACACCAUCACCAAUAACUAUACCAAAUAAAUUACAACAAAAACAAACUGCCAUACCCGCGCCUAUCGUUAGCAUCGAUUUUUGCAACAAACCUGUAGUCAAAAUAGAUUAUAGCAGUUUAUCAGCAACGGAUGCAACCACAACGACAGCAGGUUCCUGCCCCUCGACAGCACCCGCCACUAUGGCAAAUACAUUCAAUUUUUCGGCUGAUUGUGGGGCUGCCACACCAGUUAUAAAUAUAGAUCUUUCCAAUAUGGUGGCAAAUGUUGCAACCGAUUUAACCACCACCAACAAAAAAACAUCACAAGCUAACGUAGUUGGUAUUGGUGUAACUUCCGCAUCAAAUAUUGACGGGGUAACCAAAGUUUCAAUCGAUUCAAAGAGUUCAUCGAACGAUUCGACAGUAAGAUCUACAUCGAUAAUAUCAUCUAAAAGCAACCCCUGUUUGGAUUUAGAUGAGGACUAUGACGAUUUAUGAAUUCUCCCCUACUAUUGUUCUUCUCUCUCCCCUUCUGCAGCAACGGACUAAGUUCAAAUGAACUAAUGACUUUAUAUCUUCAAUUAUUAUAAUUUUUUUUUUUUUUUUGUAGUUUUUAAUUAUCGCUGGAUAUAUUAAAAACAUUUGUAAAAAUUCUAGAAGUUGAUAUAAUUGUAAUAAGUAAUAGAAAGAAAGAAGGAUGGUUUGUAGCGUCCGGAAUCAAUUCGUAAAGAUUCUAAAAAAAUGCUUUAUUCUUGAUUAAUGUAAGAUUCUGUGAUUUAACUGGACUCAUAUGUCCACAGAACCGGUAUCAAGUUCUUGAAAUUCUCGAAGCUUUAACCCGAUAACCCCUAAUAACAAUGUGCUCAAAGCAUGCGCAAGACAUGAAUGAAUCUGUAUUUUUCGUUGGUAUGGUAUUAAGAUGAAAUCUGAAAAUGAUUGAAAUUAAAUCAAAGUUUCGAAGGGUUUCUUCAUCGACUUGGAAUUGAACAGUGACAGUAAUUCUUGUUACCAAAUCGAAUUGUGUUUUGAACUCCGAUUGUUAUUCUCUCGUUCUAUCCUAAUUUGAGCAAAUUAAUUAUGGCCUAAAGAAAAGGAGUUUCCAAGUGCGAAAAAACCAUCAUUUUUUUCCUAUAUUCACCUAAAUUGCAGAUAUAUGUGGAGUCUUUGGCUUAAGGUGAAAAGCUAUGCACCGUCUUGCGCGCUCCGGAGUGACAUUGAACCGAACAGAUGAAAAUAUAUUUUAAUGCUUCCGACGCUUUCACUUUAAAUCCUCUCUUAUGUUUGGGUGUCGUCUCGUCUCCCAUUUAUGUUUUCAAUAAGUCUUCUUCUAAUGAGUAUAUAUAACUAUCUUUGCAUUUUCGGAUCGUCAAAUAUUUAAAAAAAUUCAAUUCAUCCUCUUGCUCACACAAUUUCGGUGCGUCAAAUAUUUUAAAAAAUUCAUACCCGUUUGCGACAUUCAGAAGGAAGUUAAAAGGUGUAUGUCUACCCGCCCAGCCCUGCAAUGUCUGUUCACAGAAACAAUGGGAUACAGUUAAAGAUAUAUUUAAAAUUGAGUAAAGUUAAUUUUUGACAAAAUAUCUUAAACAAAACAAAUAAGUAACCGUCAAAUGAAAAUUUUAGUGAAUUUGGAACGAUUUCAGCCGAACUUAAUUCAGCGUAUUAAGCAGGAUUCCUUGGAUUUUUAGUCGAAGCCGUUUACGGCGGCAUAAUACAAUCAUGUCCAGCAUAUAUGAAUAGCUCAUCUUUGGAUAGUGUCCGUAGAGCGACUUAUCAUCGUAAAAGAUAAAACGUUAUUUGGAUACGCCGUACCGAUCGAAACGAGUAAUAAUAAGAAAGAGAAACACAGGAUAUGGCCAGUGCAUAACAACGCGGUGCUUCCGAGGAAUCCUUAAGAGAAUUGGAAUUAUAGGGCCGAGUGUUGUCAAGCUGAAUAAGUGUUUUCGGUAUUAUUAUUAAGCCUCGUCUAUUUAUCCCUAUUCUUUUAUAUGCCAUCAUUU